CAAACACCAUUAUAUAGAGCCUGUGAAAAAGGCAGUAAUACAAUAGUUGAGUUGUUAUUGAAACAACCCAAUAUCAACCUAGUACCAGCCAAUCCUAAUGUUUCCCCACUACAUAUAGCCUGUAUAAAUAAUCACAUACAUGUUAUAGAGAAGUUGAUAGAGGCUGGAUAUGAUAUCAAUAUGUUAAAUUUUGGUGGAUUAACUCCCUUCCAAACAGCUCUUCAAGAAGACAAGCCAAAUGUUGCAAAAACAUUACUGAAAUAUGGC